AUGCUCCCACGGCGGACGCUCUUUGAAGCCAAGGCAUGGGCCGUAUCACCGUCCCUCUUGGCUGCUCUGAGCUCGUGCUGCUGUACCGGGCGUGCGACGACGGAGGUCCGCUCGAGCGGCCGUCCUCAACGAUGGACGAGCAGCCGUAGCUCAUCCUCCAAGGCCAACCCAGCAGCGACACCAGCCACUCCGAGUCGAGACUCGAGCUCUCUCGGCUCUUCCUGUCAUAGCGGAAGCCGACCAGCAACGUCUACGUCGGCCGUGUUGGCGACGUUCGCUACCUCGAGCGAGACGGCGAAUGGACUCACACCACCGGACUGGACCUCGUCGCCGACCAACGACCCCAGCUCUUGGGAUAACUUGAGCCCGCGUCCGAUACUGGCACCAGGUCGGUCGUCGUUCAAGUUGACGGCCUGCGUAGCUCUCACUCACCAUCGCUCUGGCUUCUUUUCUCUCCUCUCCAGCCGCUCGUCGGGUCGAAGAGGUCUCAGCUUCUCCACCACGUCCCCCAAAGAGCGAGGCAUCGUCCUCAAACCACCCCAAUCUCGACGAUCAAGUUUCACGGUUCGAACCACUACAAGCCACUGCAGCGCUGCUCGAGCACAUCCGACGGCAUCGUCGAUCUGAGCGCGAGCUGCCUUCGACGUUGCCCAUCCUCGAGUACACCACCUCCAGCUCUGAUCUGAACCCGUCUCCCGAGUCGCAUGCCCACAAUCACUCCGAGGGGAGGAGUGCACCGAUUCCACCCCCUCCGAUCGCCUACCUCCCCCACUCGAGCACCGACCACUCGAACCUUCUCGCCGCGUUCCUACUCCAGGCCAUCUUCCUCGGUGCGAGCGCGGUCGGCUUACUCCUGCGAAAGAAGAGCACCGUACAGCAGGUCGAUGACAGCAUCAAGUCCACACCAUCCCCGACAUCCGUAGCCAAGAGAGCAGAAGCGGACUUGGAGGCCCAAAAGCAACGGAGGACCGAAGAGAUCGACCAUGUCCCUGCCCUGAACCUGCUGCUCUCCAGCUACGUCGAGUUGCCCUCCGAGCAGCAGCCCGAAGCCAAGGUGACCCCCUCUUCGAAAGAAACCGUGGUUUUGAACUUUGUCAAGCACAAGAUGGAACGACUCCCUCACGUUGCCGAGGUCCUGUCCAGAUUCUCGGAGGCGCGCGCACGACCCGAUACCUGGACGACACUGGCCGCCAUGGCUUUUGUCGAAGUUCCGUCCGCGGUCUUACAGGCGUGUCAAUUGGGCAGCACCGAGACCAAGGACCGCUUUCGCGAACUGAAUUCUCUCUCGGAAAAGCUCGUCGAAUGGUCGUGGCAGGCUUUCCUUGGCGCUGAGAGGAGUGGCAUGUCCUCCGAGGUCAAGGCGACGCUCGUCUCGUCCUUUUUGCAGUGGGCCGCACGGACGGAAACGAUCGAAGAAGGGCAUCACAAUGCGCUCGCACAUCGGAUCAUUGACCACGGAUCGACCUCCAUGUCCGAGUUGACGGCUUUGCAACGCGCUCUCCUCGGUCAAGCCGCCUUGUACCAUUCACGAACGGGCCUCGUCGCCCGAUGGCUAGCCGCCGAUUCAAUGCUUGACCCUCGAACCCGCCUCGAUCUCGCCGCCUCGACUCUGAAGGUCUUGGCCGAUCAUGAGGAAUGGCAUCGCCGUGGUGACGUCGUCUUGUACACCGCCGAAGCGCUCGUCACAUCUUUGGAACAAUUGUAUGCGCCUAGUUCUGGCGAUGCGAUUGACCCGACCCUGCGCGUGGUGCUGGACGAGUGUCUCACCCUCUUGAUCCACCACUUCCGUAUUGACGCCCCCCUCGAACCUCUCUACACCCGCAUCAUCGAAUCCCUGAUGACCAAGGACCCCACAUCCUUCUCCUCAUCGCGCCUUCGAUCCUUCCUCGAAAGUCUUAUCACCGCCCGUCAAGCCAAGCUAGCUACCAAGGUCUUCCUCCUCAUCCCUUCCCCCUCUCGUACAUUGGGGCAGUACGAAGCGAUGCUGCGCUCCCAUCGAGCCAUGACCUCGGAUCGAGUAUGGUCCGACCUCUUACUUCAUCCGACGUUGGAACCGAGCGUCAGUUCUCUAUCAGCGCGAUUAAGUUCGCACCUCUUGACGCGUCGUCACGACCUCGCUUUACAAGAUUUCAACCUCGUUCGGGAACGUCUUCGGACCAAGACCUUGCAAGCUUUGUCGGAGCAGGAACGAACGCUCUGGACGAAAUCUUAUACGAAGCUUUAUACGCUUUACGUACGAACGAAGCACGACGUUUCCCUCUCGCGUUUACGACAGAGGAUGAAGGACGAUUUAGGGAACGAGGUCGUCAGGUUGGAUAAGGCGAUGGGGACCGGAUACUUGUUGAGGGAAGUUUUGGGACGACCUUGGGAUGUGGAAGUGAGGAGGGGGAGGGUGAAGGGGAGGAAACAGGUGGAGAAGGUUGGGCGGAGGUGGAAGUGGAUCCAAAAUGGGGAGAGGGGGACGGUGGGCAACGAGCAGGAGAGGAUGAUCAGUCGAGGGAUUCUCAAUAACGUCGGGUUGAAGGGGUUGGUCAAGUGGAAUUCCGUCGUCGACGCUUCCAAGAUCCUAUCGAUCGCUGAGAAAGUAUUGGGUACGGAACAAAAUAUGGGGGUGGAGCAAGUAGGACAGAUGGCGAACGAUGAAUUUGACAAGGUUCGGAAAGUGGCGUAUAAGAUUUUGAUGAGGGCUUUGGAGGAGAGGGGAGCAAAGGAUCAGUGUAGGAUGUUGAGAAAGAGGUUGGAGGAGGAGGUUGGGGAACGGAGGAGGGUGGGGAGGAGGGAUGUGAUGGGGCAGUAG